AUGAGUUUUAAACCAAGAUUCAGUAAAUCAUCUUCGUGUAUAUAUGUAGGAAAUUUACCAGGCAAUGUCAUUGAAGAAGAAGUUUACGAUUUAUUUGGAAAGUAUGGGCGUAUAAAGUACAUAGAUAUAAAGCCAUCAAGAUCUUCCUCUAGUUCUUAUGCUUUUGUUCAUUAUUAUGAUUUGAAAGAUGCAGAUUAUGCAAUAGAAAGAAGAGAUGGAUAUAAAUUUGAUGGAUUUCGUUUACGUGUUGAACAUUCAGGAGAAAACAGAAGUUUUGGAAAAUAUAGAAAAAAAGAUGAUGGUGUUGGCCCACCUAUAAGAACUGAAAAUAGAGUAAUUGUUACUAAUUUACCAGAUAAUUGCAGGUGGCAACAUUUAAAAGAUAUUAUGAGACAAUGUGGUGAUGUGGGAUAUGCUAAUAUUGAACGAGGAAAAGGUAUAGUAGAAUUUGUAAGUUAUGAUGAUAUGUUAUAUGCAAUUGAAAAAUUUGAUGGUGCAGAAUUUAAAGUGUAUGACGAUGUUACAAAUAUUAAAGUUAGAAGAGAUAAAAGAGGUUCUUCUUAUAUGAAAAGAUAUAGAAAUGAUUAUAGUCCUAAAUAUAAAAAAAGACGUAGAUAUAGUAAUGAAUCGGGAUUAUCAGAUAGAGAUCGAUCAAGAUCUAGAAGAUACAGUAAAUCUAGUAAUUCAUCAAACAAAAGAAAUAAUAAAUAUGAAUCUCAUAGUCAAAGUUUAAGCGAUAAUAGAAAUAGUUACAGAAAUAGAAGUAAGGGUAAAAAAAGAAGUGGAUAUAAAGGGAAAAGAAGUUAUAGUUCUUAUGAAAACCAAAACGAUGAUAUUAGUAGGAGUAGAUCUGAUCAUGGAUCAAGAAGUGGUGAUAGAAGUUAUAGAAAGAAAACAAAUAAAAAUGAAAGCUCUAGUGAUGUAUUAAGUAAACAUUCUAGUGCAUACCGAGAUAGCGAUAGUGAAAAAAAUAAAAGCUAUAGAAAACGUUUAUCAAGUGAUAACAGAAGUCAUAGCAGACGAAGAACUGUAAGUGAAGAUAGAAGUGAAAGAAGGAGAAGUUUAAGUGAAGAUAGAAGUAAUAGUAGAAAAAGGAACGCAAGCACCGACUUCAAAAGAGAACUAAAUUCAGAUGAUGAUAAAAAAAGUAAAAAAAAAAGAAGCUAUAGCGCUUCACCGAGAUCGGCAUACAAGAGCAGUUCACGUGAGAUAAAAAGUCAAGAAAAAAGCAAUGACAGAUUAAGUGAAUCAAAAAAGAGUUAUAAAUCUCAAAGUGCUUCUGUUAGAUACAAUAGCACAGAAGAGAAAAAAAGCGAUGAUGAAACUGUAAAACCCAAGAGAGGUGGUAGGGGAAAUGCAAAGAAUACAGGGAAGAAUAAGAAUACUAAAGGAAGUAAAAAAGGUGCUAAAACAGAAGAAAAUCAUGAUUCUAAAAGUGUUUCCAAUGAUAGAAAUAAAAGUGAUAAAUCGGAAGACAAAGAAAAACCUGAAGUUGUAAGUAAAGAUGAAGAAGAUAAGAAAACAGGAGGUGCAGAAGUAAAACCUAAGAGAGGAAGAAGAGGAAGAAAAAAAGCUAAUGCAGCAGAUGAAAAUGCAAAUGGUAAUGUUAGCAACUAA